GCCAAUCAGCUGUGUGCGGACGCGUGUUGGUUUUGACUUUAAAUUGAUUUGGCAAAUAUAUCAAAAUGUCUAGCUGUGAAUUUCAAGCUAUUGUCCUGACUGCGGGUCGUGGCACACGCCUGCCCGAAGUGCUGGGCGAUGCGCCCAAGUGUCUACUGCCCGUGGGACCAUAUCCGUUAAUCUGGUAUCCCCUCAACCUGCUGAGCAAACACAACUUCACGGAGGUUAUUGUUGUUGUGCUGGAGCAGGAUAAGCUGGAGAUUCAGCUGGCACUGGAGCGUACACCGCUCAAGCUCAAAAUUGACUAUGCCACAGUGCCUAGCGAUAGCGAUUUUGGCACCGCCGACAGUCUGCGCUAUAUAUACGACAAGAUCAAGUCGGACUUUCUCGUCGUGAGUUGUGACAUAGUGAGUAAUGUUAGUUUAUAUCCGCUGAUCAAUAAGUUCCGUGCUGACGAUGCUUCGCUGGCGCUGCUGCUGUUCAAGAGUGGCUUCGAAUCGGAUGUGGUGAUGCCAGGUCCAAAGACCAAGCACAAGCCAGAACGGGACAUUAUUGGCAUUCAUCCGGCCACACAGCGUUUGGCAUUUGUAUUCGCCGCCAGUGACUGUGAGGAUACGUUGAACAUACAGCGGCAUCUGCUCAAGAACAAGGGUCAACUGGAUGUCUAUGGUCGACUCAUGGAUGCACAUAUCUAUGUGCUCAAGAAAUGGGUGAUCGGCUAUCUGCACAGGAAGGAAAACAUCUCGACAUUUAAGGGCGAGUUUUUGCCACAUCUCAUUAAGAGACAACAAGCCAGACGCUCAAAAAAAGUGGGCCAGGACACCAUUUCUGAUCUGAACGUAGUUACAAAGCCCGAGGAUAACAUUUUGCAUUAUGUAACGCACACUGCACUGGAUGAGAAGCUGACACAGACUUCGCUGUUCAAUCAGUCGCUGUCGCAUAAUCCCUACCAUGGCGAUGUUGUGCGCUGUUUUGCUAUACAAGCUCCAAAGGAGUCGAUUGGCGUACGUGUGAAUACCACGCUCAGUUUUCUGGCCAUUAAUAGGAAACUGGCUGGCAUUUGGAAUGAGCUGUGCGGCGAGACGCAUCCGUUGAUUGCACCCGGUGCUGUGGUGAAAUCAACACAGACCAAGGAAAUCAUUGUGGCCGACAAUGCCAAGCUGUCGGAAAAGACUUCGCUCAGCUCCAGCGUUUUUGGGUCGAAUUGUGUUGUGAAUCCGAAGAAUAUUGUGAGCAACUCGAUCAUCAUGUCGAAUGCAAUUGUGGAGGAGGGUUGUAACAUCAACAACUGCAUCAUUGGACAUCGAGCGCAUGUCCAGAGCGGCUCAGUGUUGAGCAACUGUCUCAUUGGACCCAACUAUGUAGUGGAGGAGGGCACCAAGGUCCAAGCGGUGCAUCUAUCCAAUGCUGAUCAGUACAUGGAAAUUGACAUACAAUAAAUAACGAGUUGUUUAAACUUAA